AUGGCUGACGUGCAGACGCUGGACAUCGGGGACCCGCAGAUCCUCGUCAGGUACGAGUACGACCCACUCUACAGGCACCACCGCGUGCUGUUGUUCAGGGUGGGCGACGACAUCUGGAUUUGCCCCACCCGUGACCACGACUUGGUCCGUGAGAAGUUGCUGUGCGUCCGCCACGAGGUCUACGCCCACGACCCGAUCUCCGGCGCCAUGUUGGCUGGGUCCCGCCGCCGUGCGAAGCUGCAGGGCCAGGUUCUGGGUGUCGUGCAGGUCGACACCAUCGAGAGGAUGGUCUUGGUGGUGGCGGAGCCGCGUUCGGACAAGUUCGGCGAGAUCGUGGACGCGGCGGUCAUGGACGAUGAGAACCGCGGCCGGGCCUUUGAUCAGAAGGAGGUUGCCGCAAUCAUCGGCGAGGAGGUCUUCGCGCAGAAGAUUGCAGCUAGCCAGGUUAUUGACUUCAAGAAGGACGUGAAGGCGCAGCUGGGCGACAUCCGCACCCUCGGCGGCCACCUGGACGAGGCGAACUUCCCGCUGUCAGGCGUCAGGGGCGUGAAGGAGUUCUUGGAGUCCGUGGCGUCGAGCCCUGGCAGCGUGGCUUCGCACCAGGCCGAGUGGCAGCGACUCAGCGGCGUCGGCAAGGGCUCGGCCGUCAUUCACGUGCAUCGGAUCUUGUGCGAGGCCAUACGCUUGAUGCACUCGUGGGAUCAGGUCGACCUUUUUGCGCCCGCCUCCGCCGAGUUGAUCGUGCGCUUGUGGAUUCAGACCGGAGAGCAGAAGCAGAACCGCAAGGGCGACGGCAAAGGCAGCGACGGCCUCGACCCCGCGAACCCGAAGAGGCGCCCGAGGAAGCCGAAGGGGGGCAACGCUGGCGCCGCAGGCGGAGCCGGCGAGGAGGGACAACUCCUCUCCGGCCCGCGGGGGCGCCAGCGCCGGCAGUCCGAGCGCCGAGAGAGCUCCCCCGCGGCCGACUAUAACGCGGGCUAG